AUGCCAGACGGUACACCCCCCACAAUCGACUCUGCAUCGGGAGCAGCAGCCUCUUCCGAUCAAACUCAACCUAAUGUCACAUCUUCCAAUCCGCUUGGUCUACCCACACCCGUCCCAGACCCUAUCACGGGUAGACUAGACCCCAAUGAUCCCACUGUCAAGGCUUUGACGGAAGCAGCACUGAAUAUGGAUAAGAGCAAGAUCCCUAGACCUUAUAAGUGUCCCUUGUGUGAUAGAGCUUUCUACAGAUUGGAGCAUCAGACACGACACAUCCGUACGCAUACUGGAGAAAAACCACACGCAUGUACCCAUCCAGGAUGUGAUAAGCGAUUUUCACGUUCGGAUGAAUUGACGAGACACGCUCGUAUCCACUUACCACCUGCUCAUGAGAAUGGUUCACAUAAAGGAAAGAGCAAAUAUGAUGACGAUCAUGAACACGACGAUCACCGUGGACAUCACCUCCCACAUCUUGGACCUUCCUACAAUAUGGAUCUCGAACGACACGGAUACCCUUACAACCUUCAUUCCCUCCAGAUGGGCGCCACCAGCGGGGGAAUCAGUGAUAUCUCAGCUUUAGCAGCGGCAGCUUCAGACCAAUUGAUCGAACUGGAAAGACACGAAGCGUUCAGAAGAGCGGAAUGGGAAUUGCGUCAUCGACAAAUUGCCGGUGCUAGAAAAUCAAAUGGUAACUCACCAGUCGGUACACCCGGUUCUGCCCCUGCUGCACCCUAUGGUUUCUCCAACGAAAGAGAAAGGCUAUCAUUAUCUGGUGUCCCUGCUCCAGGCGGUGGUACGCUAGUAUACCCAGUCUCAGCUCCCCAACCUGCCAGUGGAAAUCAACCUGCUGUCCCGGCUGGCACACUCGCUGACCCAACUUACUUGGUCCCACCCUCGUGUUGUCAUGAAGAAUGUCAUAAAUCGUAUAGAAAGCGAUUGAAGGUGGCGAAACAGACGCAAGCAUGUCCCAACUGUCUUACCAUGACGCACAACGGUAAUUCCCUUGGUGGUGCAGGUGGAGCUGGAGGUGCAGGCCACGGUGGUAAUGGUGGUGGAGACAGUCAUCAUUCCAGCAGUUCAAAUACACCUAAAGAUCGAUCGACACAUAACUCCUCGGAAGAUCUAACUAAAUUUGGUGGUAGUGCACCAGGAGGAGGUUCAAACUAUCAUCUGAAUUCCGCUACUUUGACUCAAGAACUUGCCGCUUUACAAUUCCAGCAUCUUCAAGCUUUGCAAAGACAACGACAGGGUGUCGCUCAUUCGCAUUCGCCUCACGGAUCGUAUGGUAUCAGCAAACCUCAUGCUAUACCUAUACAACCGCCUGCCCAGGGACAUCUCCGACCCUAUACGCUCGACCUGAACGCUCAUCGCGGAUUGGCUUCUGCUCAUGUAUCGGCUGCACCUUCACCUGCUUCAAGUGAUGAUUCAGAUGAUGAACCGAUGAACGAGAUCAUGCCUCAUGCUCAUAUGGAAUUCACACCUGCGACUUCACCUGUUCUAUCUAGUAUGAGACAGAUGUCUCUCUGGCAAGGGAAAGCCAUCACUGCUCCUACUUCUCGAGCAACCAGUCCAAUCUUACAUUCACGUGGACCUUCUCGACCUGGUUCGCCCGUUGAGGGACAUUCCGCCAAUUCAGGUCGACAUGGUCACACCUCGCAUUCUGCUCGAGAUGCCAAGAACCGAUCGCACCCUUAUACAGCAAGUUUACACUAUUCUACACCAAACUCACCUCAUUUCCCUCCUACUUCCAACAGUAGUGGCAAGCAUCACAAUAGGAUGUCGCCCCCUAAAUUACAUCGGACAUUGAGCUCAGAUGGGAAUGGACGAUACAACCAAUUCCAACAGCAGAAACAGAGUGUACAAGAUAUCCUCAACGGGCCUUCUAUUCUUCCUCCACCGGUAGAUAGGAUGUUACCACCUCCGUCCAACAGCUCUUUCACUUCCUCGGUACCUUCCGUUAGUUACUCUCAACCUACUUCGACAUCCCAUUCACCCGCCACAUCCCGAGCUUCCUCACCCGUUCAUUUCACUCAUGCGGCAGCUCAACCCCACAUCAUCCAUGGAGUGAGAGCUGCCUUCGGUAUGACACCCAUCUCGGCAUCCAAUUCGCCCAAUACGAAAGAACCGAAAAUUGCUCAGUCUUACUCUCCACCACACAAAUUAGCUCCGAUGGGAAUGUCCAUACAUGAAUCGGUGAGAUUACCCAGUUUGAGUAGAGGUAAUUCCCCGGUUCAUUUUGGGAUGGAAGUGGACAGCGGACAGGCUUGA